GCCUGAUGCGGCAGGGUAGACUGAGGCGCUGCUGCUGGAUGCUGUCACUGUUUCCGGUGCUCAGUGCAGCAGGACUGACCUGCCUCAUACCGGUCUGGACCGGUCUUGGCUGUGUGGGAAGGGAAGAGCCGUGUAUGUGGACAUCAUAGCAGGGGCCCCAGCACCAUGACCACCUCUCAAGUCACCUUCCAAGUCCGGGGCUCCACAGACCCAGAUGAAGUCAUUGCACUCUGUGGGAGCUGUCCUACUUUUGGUGCCUGGAAACCCCAAAAUGCUAUUAUCUUAGAACAGGAUGCUAAUGAUUGUAUGGUCUGGAAAAUUAAUGUUACACUCCCCAGAGGAAUCAAACUACAGUAUCGCUAUUUCAAGGGCACUUUUCUGGAACCAAGGAAUAAAAGAGAGUCAUGCCAAGUCAUAGUUCACAAGUGGGAGACUCAUCUACAGCCACGGUCAAUAAAGCCUUUAGAAGAAGAAUUGCACAGAGAUGAUGGAGAAUUUGGAAUCUACAAUGGCGUUGAAACUGUGGAUUCCGGAUGGCUGACAUGUCAGACUGAGCUUAGAUUACGUCUACAUUAUUCUGAAAAACAGCCUGUUUCUAUAUCCAAGAAAAAAUUUAAAAAGUCUAGGUUUAGGGUGAAGCUAACAUUUGGAGGCCCUGAAGAAGAGGACGAAGAUGAAGAGCCAGAUAAACCCUCUCCAAUUAUACUCCCAACAAUGGCUAACUCAUUUGAAAUCUCCUUAAUAAGCAAUACUGAAUUUGUGUCUCGGUACUCACAGCCCGAAUGUGGUUAUGCACUCCAGCCUGACCGAUGGACGGAAUUCAGUGUACAUACAAUGGAGCCUGAUAACUUGGAACUGCUUUUUGACUUUUUUGAAGAAGAUCUGAGCGAGACUGUGGUGCAAGGUGAUACACUCCCUGGACAUGUGGGCACAGCCUGUCUCUUGUCAUCCACCCUUAUGGAGACAGGGAAAAGUAAUGGCGUUAUCACACUCCCUAUCAUGAGUAGGAAUGCCAGGCAGACUCUGGGGAAAGUUAGAGUUGACUGUCUUGUCAUAAAGCCAAUACACGGCUAUUCAUGUGACAUGACCAGGUCUUUUAGCAAGUACUGGAAGCCACGGACACCACUUGAUGUUGGACAUAGAGGUGCUGGCAACUCUACCACGACUGCCAAGAUGGCCAAAAUCCAAGAAAACACUGUGGCCUCGUUAAAAAGUGCUGCCAGCCAUGGUGCUGCUUUUGUCGAGUUUGAUGUUCAUCUUUCCAGGGAUCUUGUUCCAGUUAUCUACCAUGAUCUUACAUGCUGUAUAUCUAUGAAAAAGAAAGCUAAUGCUGUGUCUGUAGAGCUAUUUGAGAUUCCUGUGAAGGAGCUUUCGUAUGAUCAGCUUCAGCUAUUAAAGCUGGCUCAUGUGACUGCCCUAAAGUCAGAAAAACAUCAUGACUCCACUGAUGACGAAUGCCCUGUGUCUGAUGAUCAGCCCUUUCCUUCCCUUCACACGGUACUAGAGUCGGUGCCUGAAGAUGUAGGGUUCAAUAUAGAAAUCAAGUGGAUUUGCCAAGAAAAGAGCGGAAAAUGGGAUGGAAAUUUGUCAACUUACUUUGACAUGAACCUUUUUCUGGAUAUUAUUCUGAAGACUAUCUUGGAAAAUGCCGGCAGUCGAAGGAUUGUGUUCUCGUCGUUCGAUGCAGAUAUUUGCACAGUGGUUCGCCGUAAACAAAACAGAUAUCCUAUACUUUUCCUGACACAAGGAGAAUCUGAAAUCUAUCCAGAGCUCAUGGAUCUCAGGUCUCGCUCUACUCCUUUUGCGAUGAGUUUUGCUCAAUUUGAGAACAUCUUGGGAAUAAAUGUCCAUACAGAAGAUCUGCUGAAAAAUCCACAUUAUAUUCGGGAAGCUAAGUCCAAGGGCUUAGUUAUAUUUUGCUGGGGGGAUGAUACAAAUGACCCUGAGAAUCGGAAACUCAUGAGAGAGUAUGGCAUUAAUGGACUCGUCUAUGACAGGAUCUGCGACUGGAACCCAGAACAACCAAACAUAUUCAAAGUUGAACAAAUGGAGCGUCUUAAGCGGGAGCUACCUGCUGACAUGCUGCAGAGCUGCCUCUGCCCGGUGGUCAACCACUUUGUCUGUACCGCAACAAGCUGCACAAACAGCAGCAAGCGACUGGAAUCCAAUGGUGUCAUUAACCACCAGCCAGCUUAAUGUCUCGCUCGCUCAUUCUACUGACAUCUCAGGGGCCGCAUCAUCUUGUGCUAGCAAAGCAAUAGCAUAGCCAUUUCCCGUCUGCUGUCUCUGUGUAUUUUCUUGGCUAGAUUUAGUUGUCCUUUCAUUGUAAAAAAAAAAAAAAAUAGAAUAAUGUACAGUAAGACCUGUCAUCAGUAGAGAUGAGUGAAUUUCAUAUUUUGAAAUUCGUUUACGCUUCGUUUGGUGGUAGAAGCAGAAUUGCGUUAU